AUGGCCUUCAAUGGCUUUAGGGAGAUUUUCGUUAAGCAAAAGACUUUCCGUCCGAAGAAAACGUUUGCACCAGAUACAAUCCGUUAUCACCUCCACAAGCGUGCUGAGGCUUCACUAAGUUCAGGGAUCGACCUCAGGGAAGCGGUUAAAAAGCCAGAUGACGAAGAACUGAAUGAUUGGAUCGCAGUUCAUGUUGUUGAUUUUUACAAUCGCAUCAACCUCAUUUAUGGGACUAUAUGUGAUCGGUGCACUGAGCAGACAUGCCCGACUAUGUCUGGAGGCAAAAAGUUUGAAUACCAUUGGCGCGAUAAUAUACAUUAUAAAAAGCCUACUCCACUACCAGCACCCAAAUAUGUUGACGAGUUGAUGGACUGGGUUGACGCACAGAUAAAUGAUCCAUCACUUUUCCCAACUGACAUAGGUAGGGUAUUCCAUACAUCACGUGACUAUACAGAUAUUCCUUUCCCAAAGUGCUAUAUUUCAACUGUAAAGAAAAUAUUUAGUAGGCUGUUCAGAGUGUUUGUGCACGUCUAUAUUCACCACUUCGAUCGUUUGCAUGAGAUAGGAGCGGAGGCUCAUGUCAACACUUGCUACAAGCACUUCUACUAUUUCGUAACUUAUUUCGAUCUUAUUGAUAAAAAAGAACUGGAGCCUUUGAAUGAAUUAACCCAAAGAAUCUGUCACUAAAAGGAUCAUAUACAUAAAUUGUUCGCAAAUUUUCCACAUCAACAUCUGAAUGACCGGGCUGUCACGAAAAACGAAUGUAAUUUCAUCGAUCUCUGUACUUUUCAGUGUCUGAGUUUUGUUUCCUGAUGUUUUGCUGCUCCGUUUUCCUUUUUCGCACAAAGGAAGCUGAGUUUUUUCACAUGCAAAACACAUUCUAAUCAUAUUUUUCUUCCCUGCUUCUGUCCUCAAAAUAUGAAACUGCAUUUCUCACUCAUCCAUACCAUUAUUCAAUCGGCAUCCAAAAAUAAUAUUUUCUUUUAUUUAGAUUUACUAUGUACGUCUAUUUGUCUUACUUUUUAUACAUCUGUUAAGUUCACUUAACAAGUGUAUUCACUAUUUUCUUACGGCAAAUCUUUAUUGAACACUUGAUUUUGAAAAAUCUACCAUAAAUUAUUCGCACCACUACUACCGACUAUAUUACAUAGCUUUUAUGUUUAUUUUAAGCAAUUAAUUGCUUCCAUCCUAACUGAAAAAGUCAUUUCUUGAUUUUUUAAAAAAUGUAACAUUUAAUAUUUUCCUUCUUAUGUCCACUCUAAACAAAUGAAAAGCCAAAAAUCUGAUUGUGUAUACAACAAAGUUUGAAUGAUGUUAAUUCAGUCCAUGUAAAAAUUAUUUUUAUAAAUGUUUAUUCUAAAUCAUGUUAAUUGAGUAGCAAUUCUACAAAAUUAGGAGCUUUCGUUGGUCAAGUCGAACUCUUUUGACCAUAGGUUCACAUACUUAAUCAUUUGUAUCUCAAAGCUUAGUAUAUGAACCUAUAAUUGUCGAUUGCAUGAACCUUUUUCUUGGAAAUUCUUAUCUUAAUGUUGAGCGAAUGCGUUUCGCUCUUUUUUGAAAUGUUACCUUCUAAUUUAAAAUUUUUUUCGAUCCAUAGAAUUCCGAUAACUAAUGUGUUCAGAUUUUAUUUGUAGUAAAACUUCGAGA